AAAAAUAUAUAGAACAACAGAAAAGAGAAUUAUUUCCUUUUGCGUGCGGCGUAUGUACGGACGGACAAUCGUACAGGGUACAAAGUCGCCGUGCUUUUUUCCGAUCUUCCAUUGCCAGCUUCGCCCAUCCGUUUCUGGCCAGUUCCUUUCCCGUUCGCAGUUCCCGAGCAUGCGCACCCUGGACUCUGACCAAAGCCAACAACCUCCCGACGCCGUCAGAGCCAACCCCUCAUCCGCCCCGCACCGCAAGAUCGGGGUGGCCGUCGACCUGUCGGACGAGAGCGCCUACGCCGUCAGCUGGGCCGUGCAGCAGUACCUCCGCCCCGGUGACUCCGUCGUGCUCCUCCACGUCAGCCCGACCUCCGUCCCCUACGGCGCAGACUGGGGCCCGCUCCCCCACCUCCCUGCCACCCCCUCUUCAGAAGAAGAUUUGCAGAAGAGCCAGGACGAUUUCGACGCCUUCACCAUCUCCAAGGCCGCUGACCUCGCCAAACCCUUGAGGGACGCCCAGGUACCGUACAAGAUUCAUAUAGUGAAGGACCAUGACAUGAAGGAGCGCCUCUGCUUGGAGGUGGAGAGGUUGGGGCUGAGUGCUCUAAUAAUGGGGAGCAGAGGGUUCGGCGCUGCGAUGCGUGGUAAUGAUGGAAGGCUCGGUAGUGUGAGCGAUUACUGCGUCCAUCACUCUCUUUGCCCUGUCAUAGUGGUGAGGUAUCCCGAUGACAACGAAGGCAGCGAUCCUGUUGUGGCAGUAAAUGAACCUCUGGUGGAGGUGGAGGUGGAGGAGGAUGAGAAUGAUGAGGUUGGGGGAAAUUCUCAUGGAAAGGAAGACGAUGCCAAAGGUAAAGUUCCAGAUAUUUAGCAUGGACCACAUGCGAGCGGUAGAUCAAUGAGGUUGCUUGCAGUAUUAUGAUUAAUAACUGUAAUGGAACUCCCGAUUCUCUUACAUGCUAUAGACAAUCAAGAGAAGUGGCCUAAGGUUAGUCAUGGAGGAGAGACGCGUGGUGUGUAUGGAUUGAAUCUUGUCUUGCUUAGAGAGGCUGUGCUGUUUUAUGGCGCCUGCCUGGACGCGUCGUUCGUUCCUUGUUAGUAUAAUUAUAUAUCAGGAUGCUGUUUGUGCAAAUCUUGGAAUAUCGCCGGCUCGGUCGAACAUUACAUUGUGGUUGUAUGCUGUAUUUUUCUCUGUUGUAUAAUAUUGGUGAAUUUCCAAAA